AUGCCAGACCCCGACCAAGGAUGUCGACUUUGUUCUCAAAAAGGCCCCCCUUCUCUUACAGGAGGUCUCCCUAAACCUUCCCUGCAAGCCCACCAAAGGGGUGUGGUGACCGCAGGAGACGAUGUGACCCUGCAGUGCCAGAGGCCAGACAGUGUUUUCGGGCCCAUGAGGUUCGCUCUGCUCAAGGCGGGAGUGGCAGAGCCCAUCCGGCUCCGGACCCCAGUCGGCAAGGAGGCGGACUUCUCCCUGCAGACCGUGACAGUCGGUGACGCCGGGAACUACAGCUGUGUCUACUUCCAGACCGGGACUCCUUUCUGGGCCUCACAGCCUAGCGAUGGUCUUGAGAUCCGGGUGAGAGUCCCCCCAGGUGCCAUAUUGAGGGACUACACCACGGGCAACCUCAUCCGCCUGGGUCUGGCUUCCCUAGUUGUGGUUAUUAUGGGCGCUCUCCUGCUGGAAGCCUGGUGCAGCCAGAAGGAGUCUCCACCUGGAUCCAUGUAGAA